AACAAAUGGUAUACAGUAGGUCCUUCAAAACUCUCUAAAACGACUGCAUACCUCCUGUAGAUUAGUCACCUUGACCUGGCCGUAAAUAUAACAAGUUUUCAGUACUCGGGACCCAGCGAAAGCCUUUUCUCUGCAGAGAGGGAACAGCAGUUAACAUGGAAUGGACAAUUUAAUCAUAUCCAAGAGUGUGAACGCAGAGGGGGGAUUGGGAGCCUCAGGCAAAGUCACAGAGACACUAGUGACUACCACCAGAUUAACGUCCCUUCCACCAAAGGGUAACAGUAGUUCAGUGAGCUCUCAGCGGGUGGUGACCUCCAGCUCAAGCUCUAGCUCUGCUGCUGACUCUGGAGCUUCUGGAGGAGCAGUGCUGGUGGAGAAGAGGAUCAUCACCCAGAGCAGCGGAGGAGGAGGAGGAAGCAGCAGCAGUGGCAGCACUAGUUAUGUCAUAUCCUCCUCUUCAGUAGGUAGCUCAAGCGGCAGCACAGUCCGAGUCGUGAGUGGUGGAUCUGGCAGCAGCUCUUCUGGAAGUACAUUGUCCUCUUCUGGUUUAUCUUCGUCUGAAUCUUCCUCAAGCCGAGUCGUUGGAAGUUCUGGAGCUACAGGAGGAGGUUCUUCCAGCCUCUCUGUUGUUACAGUUGGAGGUUCCUCAGGAGGAGGUUCCUCUGGUACUUUUGAGUCCCGUUCCUCCUCCUCUUCAUCACGUUUGGUAACUGGCUCCUCUGCUGAGUCGGCUGGCAUGUCCGGCGGUUCCCUUUCCAUGUCCUCCUCUUCAGCCAUGAUGUCAGGAGGGGGCUCCAGCUCUCUGACGGUGACCAAGUACAGCUCCUCAUCCUCAGGUGGUGGAAUGAUGAAGAGCGGCAUCUCAUCUGCUACCUACUCACCCGUUCUUACAGAGAGGAAGAGCAGCGUGAACAUGCGUGCUGGAGGAUACGAGGGAGGCUCCAGUGCAAAUUCAUCCCCUGAAUACACCAGGAAAGAGUACAUUUCAUCUUCAGCAACUACAAAUGCAGUCACCAGAGGGCGCACCCAGACCAGAGAAAGUGAGAUCAGAGCCAGACUGCAGAGCGCCUCUCCCUCCACCAGAUGGACUGAGUUGGAUGAUGUGAAGAAGCUGCUGAAAGGCAGCCGCUCCAGCAGCAGUAGUCCUCCUCGAUCUCCCACCAACACUCUCCCCAUCCCCAAGAAGCGCAGUGUGGACACUCGUACUGAGAGCCACUCAGGUUACGACAGUACUGUUAUAGAUCCUUCAUACCAUGGAUAUGGCUACCACACCAACCCCAACAACCUUAGCCCAACCAGCACUCUACAUCACAGCAUGGGACAGCAGAACAACAUGAUCCUGGGAUCCUCUGCUAUGGGCAGUGGUUUUGUCACUGGUGGUGCAGUGUGUGGAAUGCAUAACAACCUGGUUACCAGUGGCGGUCUGACCCUCACUGCAAAUGGAAUCAGUUCUGGUCCAGUAUAUGGUGUUCAGAAGAAUAUUGUGGCCCCUGGAAUAUCAGCCACAACUGCAGCUGCUCCCAGCAGUCCUGUCACUACUGAUGACGUGUUUGGGAAAGACUAUCGGUUCAUGCUGAUUGAGAAAGACAACGUUGCAGUAAAGAAAGAGACUGAGAGGCUGAUCAAGUCAAAAGACUCAGGCAAACACUUCACCUCUACCACCUCCACCAGUGGACCAGGCUCGUUUUCAGAUGAUUCGCUGAAGCGAGAAAAGAAGAUGGUCUCCAGCACCAUUGAAAGCACCACUGUGUCGAGCGGUGGCAAAGCUGCAGUGAAAGACAAAGCCACAUAUGCAGAGAUUCGUAAAGAGGAAUCAGGGUCGACCAAACUAGGGUUCUGUUCUUGUUGUACGUGGUGGAUGUGGCUGCUGGGAUUGUUGCUGGGGCUGCUCUUCAUGCUGGGCCUUCUGUUUGGGCUCAUCGCUCUGGCCCAGGAAGUGAAGGCUCUGAAGGCUCGAGUAGAUGCUCUGGAAGGUGGACCGGAUCGCGUAUCCUCGGCCCACACCAGCCGUUUAUCAUCCUCUGUGAACAUUGUGGACCCUCUGGACUCCUCAUAUGCGUCAGUGGCACGCUCUGAAAACACUAUAAACCUGGGGUCUGACCCAUCACAGACUGACCCUGCGGCCUUGCAGAGAGCAAUUAAACAGCUGGUCCAGUCAGAGCUCCAGUCAGACACUGUCAGAGCUACACUGGCAACUUCACUCAGAGGAGAAAGAGGAGAGCCUGGACAGAAGGGUGACCCUGGAGCCCCAGGAGUUAAAGGUGAUGCAGGAUUUCCUGGACUGCCAGGUCCUCCUGGCCCUCCUGGUCAUGCAGGACAAGAAGGCCCCAGAGGACCUAAAGGAAGUGCAGGUGAGCCAGGCCAUGAUGGUCCACCAGGACAGAGGGGUCGUGAAGGGCCAACAGGCCCUAGAGGAGAACCAGGCCCUCCAGGAGCUGGAGAGAAAGGAGAUAAAGGGUCUCCUGGAGAUCCUGGAGCACCUGGACCUGCAGGACCACCUGGGCUUAUGGGACCCAGAGGUGAAGUGGGUUCCCCAGGUAGUGCAGGAAUUCCAGGAGCUCCUGGUCCUCAAGGAUUCCGUGGAGAUGCUGGAGAUCCUGGACCAAAAGGAGAGAGAGGUCCUGCAGGGCCUCCUGGAGCUAAAGGUGAUCAAGGAGAGAAAGGACCCCGUGGUGCUACUGGAGAGCCAGGACAGAUUGGACCCGCAGGACCACCUGGAGAGAAAGGACCUAAAGGAUCAGCAGGUUCCCCUGGGCCAGAUGGUGAGAAAGGCUCAAGAGGCGAUCAGGGGGCAGUUGGGUUGCCAGGUGCACGUGGCCCAGCUGGGGCUCCUGGAGAUGCAGGAACACCAGGGUCUCCAGGGCUUCCAGGACCACCAGGUUUGCCAGGAACACCGGGUCAGCCUGGAGCUAAAGGUGAACCGGGUGAACCUGGAAGGGUUAUCAGUGCAGGCUCUGCUUCCAACACUGUGGCCAUUCCUGGGCCUCCUGGACCUCCUGGGUCUCCAGGCCCUGCCGGACCACCCGGACUGUCUGGUCCCAUCGGCCCUGCAGGCCUUCCUGGAACACCAGGGCCAAAGGGUGACAGGGGCGACAAAGGAGAUGAUGGAGAGCCUGGUGUCUCGGUCAAAACUGUUGAAACAAACAAAUCUGAGAAGCCUGUCGCUGGUCCCCCUGGACCCCCUGGACCACCUGGACCCGCAGGACCUCCUGGAGAACCAGGAAAACCAGGUGAAGGAAAAGAAGGCCCACCAGGACCUCCUGGAAAACCAGGUGUUGGUCAGCCUGGUCCACCUGGUGAUAAAGGUGAACCAGGAAGCUUUGUGCCCAACUCAGAAACUUUCUUUGCAGGACCACCAGGACCCGCUGGACCUCCUGGACCUCCAGGAGAUCCAGGCCAUCCUGGAUUACCAGGAGAACCUGGAGUGGGAUCCCCAGGACAAAGGGGUCCAGAAGGUCCACCAGGCCCACAAGGACCCAUGGGACCAGAAGGUCCAAAAGGUGAUGCUGGUGUUCCAGGAGCCCCUGGCAUCCCAGGAUAUUCUUAUGGUGGAGGCAGAAGUUCACCUGGAGCACCAGGUCCACCUGGGCCUCCUGGACCUCCAGGACCUCCAGGUGAUGGCUCCAGCUCACCAAAUCAGCAGCUUUCUGACCUCCUCAGAAAUGAUGGUAUUAGGCAGUACUUGGCUGGUCCUCCUGGGCCUCCUGGACCACCGGGAAGUGUCUCUGAUGCUGACUUGGCUGACCGUGUUAUCAAUUACAUCCAGAGGGAGGAGGUGAGGCGGUAUCUAGUUGGACCCCCAGGACCCCCUGGAGCUCCAGGUCUACCAGGAGGUUAUGCACUAAACCCUCAGGAAGUGGCUGGAAGAGUUCUUAAUCUGAUGAAUGAGCAGGGUAUCCUUAGACAGUCUGGACCCCCAGGCCCACCCGGCCCUCCUGGACUUCCCGGACCAACUUACAGUGAUCUCUCUCUUCUUCUGCAAAACUCAGAGUACAGAGGUCUUCUGGGACCUGCAGGGCCCCCAGGUCCUCCAGGCCCUGCUGGCUUCCCAGGACCUCCUGGACCCCCAGGCCCAGUUCCUUAUACUGGCACUUUCAGUUUGGAAGAAAUCCAAAGAUACAUGGAAAUUGCUGGCUUUAAAGGACCACCUGGACCUCCUGGACCCCCAGGGCCACAAGGACCUCCUGGCAUUGCGAGAGGGCUGGUGUCCUAUGCUGAAAACGCACAGCAAGACCCUCUCCGAGCUGAACUACAGCAGUAUCUGAAGAAUGAACCUCUGGACUACCCCAGUAUUGCAGCAGAAGUGGUGAACUACCUCAAAUCUCAUGGUUUGAUGUUGAGGGAUGUGGCUAAUGAAGAUGCCCACCGUUCCCAGGAGCCAUUCAGACCCUACAGCAACAUGACUGAGAUCAUUAACUUCAUUAGAGACCACGGCCUUGUUGGACCACCAGGUCGACCCGGCCAGAAAGGAGAGAUGGGAUAUCCUGGUCCCAAAGGACCAAGAGGUCCUAGAGGAGAGCGAGGCCUCCCUGGUCUACCAGGCUUUCCCGGCAAUGAUGGACCUCAAGGACCAAAAGGAGAAAGAGGAGAUGCUGCCUACAUGAGCCUCAAAAGAAAGAGAAGAAGCCGGGGGUUUAAGAGUAAUUAAUUCAUAUGGAUACAGAAGAAGAGAGGAACUCAUGGUGCAGCUGGCAAUAAAAACCUUUUUUAAUGUUUUAUAAAAAUCCCAAGAAUGAUCUGUAAACAUAUGAUCUGUAAACUGUGUUUUUAUGAAAAGUUAUUGUACAAUCUUUUAAAUGUGAACAAAAAUAAUUAAUCUGAGGUUAAAUUGUCUUUCUUUAAACACGUUGAACACAGCCUGACACAGAGAUAUUCAACUUACAGCUCUGGAAAAAAAAUAAGAGACCACUUCAGUUUCUGAAUCAGUUUAUCUGAUUUUGCUAUUUUAUAGGUUUAUGUUUGAGUAAAAUGAACAUUGUUGUUUUAUUCUCUAAACUACAUACAACAUUUCUCUCAAAAUGUAUUUGCAUAAAAUGAGAAAUGGCUGAAAUAACAAAAAAGAUGCAGAGCUUUCAGACCUCAAAUAAUGCAAAAAAAUAAAAAACAAGUUCAAAAAAGUAUAUUUGGUGGAACAACCCUGGUUUUUAAUCACAGUUUUCAUGCAUCUUGGCAUGUUCUCCUCCACCAGUCUUACACACUGCUUUUGGAUAACUUUAUGCCACUCCUGGUGCAAAAAUUCAAGCAGUUCAGCUUCCUCUUAAUUAUAUUCUAGGGGUUUCCAAUUUGGUAAAAUCAAUAAAACUCAUCAAAUUAAGUGGUCUCCUUUAUUUCUAGAACUGUAUAUUCAAAAAGGUAAAAGUUGGUAAUUGAGUAAAAAAUUAAAAUAAUUAGGUAUCAUGUUAGCAGUGCAUGUUAAAAAAAAGAAUAACAAUAAGGGGUAAUGUGCUCUAGCUGGUCUGUUUUGUAAUUCAGUGUUAAGAUGAAUUUAGUUUUCAAGAUGUUGUUUCUGAGGUACGAGGUUUAUUGUACUGUUCAUGCAUGGUUACGGUAUGUUUUAUUAUGUGUGGUGAAAUUAACUGUGUAUUGUAUCUUGUUUAUUCUGUAUUUUGUACUUUUUGUAAUCAGUGUAUUUUUAAAUCAAUCAAUCGUGAUCAUGCUAACAAGGUUUUUUUUUCUUUUUACGCUCUUUGAAAACUUUAAUUUUAAAAACACUUAUAUGCAAUUUAGCACUGUUUAGGUCAGUUUUGUCAAUGCGAAAUGCCUUUCUGUAUGUCAUGGAAAAGUAAAGUCUUUUGGUUCUUA